UUUCCGAAAAGGGUUUACGUUCAAAUCUGUAAAUGGAUUUAGGAGAUUAAGAUAGAAAUCGAGUUUCGUGUUUUUGAAAAUUUCUCGGGUCGAGUUUCGAGUUGAAAAAGUCUGGAUAUAAGGUAUCGGUCUAGGUCGGAAAAUUUAAAUUUACUUUCUUAAACUUUUUUAUAAAAUUUUACUAUGCUUUACUUUAACAAUAAAUUAAACAAAGCUGCUUACACAGCCAUCCAUCUGAAUCAUUUACUGCAUGCCAAAUUGGUCUUCUUGGUUCUUGACCAAAAUUUUGGUCAUUUGGCCAUGCAACGUCGUUUAAAACAGAUUUGUGUAAUCUACCAGCAAUAAUAAUCUCGGCCAAUCUAAUGAAUCCGAUGAACGGUCAGAAUCCACAUAAAGGGUCAGAAUCCACAAUGAUUUUAAAACAUCUUUAAAAUAAAAAUAUUUAA